GAAACGCAAAGCGCUGCUGAUCUGAUCAGCUGAUUACUACGGACGUCACGAGACUUUCUAGGGGUCAAUUUCAUUCAACAGCAGACGUAGACCAGCUGUGAACAGUGUUUGUUUCUACCAAAGUUAGCAAUAAUAACUGGAACGUGAGAGACAAGAACCACGGUUACUAGAAGUAUGGAAUACAUUAAGGUUACUGUGUCAUUGGUAUUAUUUGCGUGUUUUCUGUCAGGAACGUUUGUCAAUACAGCGGGACGAACAGUUAUUAACAAAAAAGAACAAGAUUGGGGAUAUGUCGAUGUGAGACCGCAAGCGCACAUGUUUUGGUGGCUGUACAAGUCAAGCAAACAACCAUCGCUGUCACAGCCAUUGGUCAUAUGGUUACAGGGAGGCCCUGGUGGUUCGUCGUGUGGAUUUGGUAAUUUCAUGGAAAUCGGUCCAUUAGACGUGAACUUGAAUCCAAGAAAUACAACUUGGAUGUCAAAGGUUAACAUAUUGUUUAUAGAUAAUCCGGUUGGUACAGGAUACAGUUAUGUCGAUAAUAUUGAUGCUAUGACAACGGAUGUCCAUGGAAUUGCGUUGGAUCUUGUGACUGUAAUCAAGGCAUUCAUUAAAAAACAUGACGAAUUCAAGACUGUUCCUUUAUAUAUAUUCUCAGAGUCGUAUGGAGGUAAAAUGACUGUUGCCUUUAGUCUGGAGCUACACACGGCAAUUCAAAACAAAGAAGUAACAUGCGACUUCAGAGGAUUAGCUCUUGGAGAUUCGUGGAUAUCGCCUAUAGAUUCCGUCAUGACAUGGGGACCAUACCUUUAUGCAACGUCUUUAGUAGAUAUCAAAGGUAUGUCAGCUGUGAAUGGAGUUGCCAAUAAAUGCCAACAUGCCAUUGAAAAGGGUGACUGGAAGAACGCCACUGAGUUAUGGAGUGAUGCUGAAUCUACAAUUGAAGAGUUAACGGAUAACGUGAAUUUUUACAAUAUAUUACAACAUAACGCAGAUGAGCAGAACGUGGUUGAAAAGAAGUUUCUGGAAGACAAAUAUCUGGAUUAUCUUUAUCGCCGCCAUGUUGGUUAUAUGGACAACGACGCGUUGUCAAACUUGAUGAAUGGAAAGAUUAAAGACCAAUUAGGAAUUCCUAAGAAUGUGACAUGGGGAGGUCAGUCUGGAGAAGUGUUCUCAACCCAGGCAGAAGACUUCAUGAAACCUGUCGUAGACACGGUUGAUCAACUCUUAUCAUCAACCAAUUUAUCUGUGGUUGUAUACAAUGGUCAGUUGGAUCUUAUAGUAGACACUCCAGGUACUGAAAUGUGGAUGUCCGAUUUGACAUGGGAUGGAAUCAAGGAGUUUGACAAGGCUAAGAGAACUCCUCUGUAUGUAGAUGGGCGAAUUGGAGACACUGCAGCUUUCGUGAAAACCUACAAAACGCUAUCGUUUUACUGGAUACUGAAUGCUGGUCAUAUGGUACCAAUUGAUGCUGGGGACAUGGCGCUCAAAAUGAUGGCAAUGAUAACAGGAACAGAGUAAUGCAACACACAGGAUGGGCUGAAUGCACUCCAAGAUAUAA